AUGGCAAGUGAGCUCAAAUCAGACCUAGCAAAGUGCCUUUCAGGCUCCAAUGUGAUUGUUGACGGCGACGAGGCGUGGCCGGAUGCGAUCAAGCGUUGGACAGGGUAUCAGGCCAAGGUUCCAGCAGCAGUAGUUCAAGUUACCAGUGAGGAAGACGUCAUUGCAACAGUUUCCUAUGCGGUGCAAAACCAAAGGCCUUUUGUGGUUCGAGGAGGCGGCCACAGCAAUGGCUUCUCGACAAUCGACAGUCCCGGGAUUGUGAUCGAUCUCUCGCGGAUGAGAAGGGUCACCGUUGACGUGGAGAGACAGAUUGUUGUUGCACAAGGAGGCGCAACUAUGGGCGAUGGGGUGAAGGCAGCUAGUUCAGUAGGAAUGGCUGUCGCUACCGGAACUUGUAACGAAGUGGGCAUGGUUGGUGCUGCCCUUGGAGGAGGCAUAGGGCGGCUUAUUGGGCACUUUGGAUACGCAGCAGACACCAUGCUCUCGAUGCGGGUCGUUGUGGUGGACGACAGUGGAGUAGCUCGCGCAGUUGAGGCAUCGCCCGAAGCCCACUCCGAUCUCUUCUGGGCUCUUCGUGGUAGCGGUCAUCUGUUCGGAGUAGUGGUUGAGGCUACAUUCCGAGCCUACCCAUGGGCCCAUGACACAUGGCACAGUUGUCUGGUCUUUGCGCCCAAUGAUGCAGGAUUGGUUGCAGAGGCAAUGAAUAGUGUCCAUUAUCAGGGAGGUAUGCAGGGCCGGCUGGUAUUCUGUGCCCCAAACAACCAGCCUAUUGUUCUUCUCCAAAUGUGGUAUAUGGGACCACCCGAAGAGGCUGCCAGCAAAUUCCAGCCUCUACUGGAUCUUCCGUCCAUGACAGAUCAUCCCUUGAACUUUGUUGGCCGCCGAAUUCCGUACCUUAACCUCAAUGACUCCAGCGACCGUAUCUGCGGCUAUGGGGGGAGAAAGAACCUGGCAGCGUUUGGCUUGAAAAGCUUGUCAGCGGAGUCCUGCAUGGCCGCCCUCAACGUCUACAUGGACUUCAUUACUCAACACCCCGAGGCCGCCAAGACUCACAUCCUGACCGAAUUUUACAGCAUGGACGUUGCGCGGGAGCUAGACCAGGAUGGACAAGAGACGUCUAUCCCUAGUGAGUUCCGGCGGGAAGUGAAGUAUUGGGUCAUGCCUCUGGCUUGGUAUGAGGACCCUGCACUGGAUAACGCAUGUGCUGGGCUUAACCGGGCCAUUCGAGAGGCAUUUUUAACACAGCCAGACGGAACUCGCGCAAUGGGUGUGGGCUAUGUCAACAUGCCCUUUGAAGACGAUACCGCCAAUGUUGUUUUUGGCGAGGGUGAGCGGCUGGAGAGGCUCCGGAAUCUCAAGCUAAAAUGGGACCCGCUUGGCGUGGUGCAAGGAAUUCCAGUCUCGCAGACGCCCUCCCGUGUGGUCACUGGCAAUCGAGUGUCGCGGACCAACCUUCGGUCUGGCCAAGAGGAGAUCCGUAGUCGCCUCGAACGGCUGGAACAACUACUGGAGCGAGCAAUAUCCGGUAGCGGUAACAUCUCAUCGAAAUUGCCUGAUGCGAAAGUACCUAGCACAGAAACCCCCUCUGGCGUUGACCAGGGAGGAAGUGCAUUGCCAAACCCGAGAUGCGAAACUUUGUCAGCUGAUGGUUAUGAUGGUGCCUUACUCCUGGAGGCCGAAGGAGGCCAAUCUCGCUGGGUUUCGUCUCUGCACUAUGCUCUCUUAGCUGACGAGAUCCACGAUGUCAAAAUGCUGCUGGGAGAUCAAGCUAGCGGUGCGCCAGCAGAAAGUCCACCGUCAGACCAGCCGACGCCUCCAUUUCCGUUUUCUGGCUCGACCGUGGAUAGCCUUAUGCCUUGGUCCCCUAGGUCGGCAGAGGAUUGCUUGGCAUUGCUUGAAAUAUUCUAUUCCAAUGUUGAUCCGAUGACGAGACUAGUCCACAAACCUACGCUGCAACGACGAUUCACCCAAUAUAUUAAUCAUACAUACGGCACGAGGACUCAAAGUCCGGUUGUAGAGGAGGCCGAUGCACCAAGACCUGACCACACCAUCCAUACCUUCGAGCCUUUGGCGCUGGCUAUAUUCUACUCAGCUAUCAACAGUUUGUCGGCUGAAAAUGUUAUGAUGCGAUUUUCUGCCGAGAAAGAGGCCCUCCUGGCUCAGUUCCAAAGAGGGGUGGAACUUGGUUUAGGGCGAGAAGAUUUCCUAACGACCCCGAGUAUUGAGGUUCUACAGGCAUUUGUACUACUUCUGACUUGCCAAUCCCGGGAAGAUGACAUGUCAAGGACAUGGACUCUUCUUGGCCUUGUUGUCAGAAUGGCUCUCUCGCAAGGCCUUCAUAGAGAACCCUCCUUAUUCCCCUCAAGUAAUAUGGAUGUUGUCCAGGUCGAGACUCGUCGCAGGCUGUGGCAUCAGAUAUGUCAUCUCGACUUCCGUUCCGCCGAAGGUAGGGGUCAGGAACCCACAAUAGCAGACGAAGACUACACUACGCUGCUACCACGGAACAUCAACGAUGAAGAUCUCAUUGAAGGAGCGCAUCCAACUGCGGAAACGUACUCACCUCCUGGGUUUACCGACAUGACAGGUCAUUUGAUUCGCCUGAAUGGCAUCCAUUGCUUCAGAAGAAUUGUUCGGAGCACCUAUAGGCUGGAGCGGAGAAUCAAGUCUUCGGUCGUCAACGGAAAUGGUAACAUAUAUCCAAUCGCGGAGCUUCAGUCUUUGUUUGUGGAGGUUCGGACCAUGGUGGAUGAAAUGGUCAAUCAUCUCCAAACCCAAUACCUGCAAUACUGCGACCCCCAGAUUCCCCACCAGCGCAUGGCCCUUGGCCUUGCUGCGGUAAUUGAAUGGCGAUGCUGGUCAAUUUUCUGGCUGCGAACCCCAAAACAAUACCGGGAGGCCGUAGUGUCCCCUGAAAUCCGACAAACGGUAUUGGCAAAGUCAGUCAGCCUCGUAGAGAGCCUGAACAUGAUGUCGGAUGACAAAGAUGCCCAGAAGUUCCAGUGGCAUAUAGGUGGUCACGCCUGCUUCCAAUCCAUUAUGCACAUCGUAUCGGAGCUUGAGACACCUGAAUUCCAAGCGCCAAACCACCGUUCCCUCCGGUCUCGCGCAUUGGGCGUCUUGAAAAGGACGAUGGAUACGAGAGGGCGUGAAGUCACGCCAAUGUGGAAUGUGAUCAAUCGUAUCAUCUCGAAUUGUCUUGCCAAAAACACGCCGGCUACCUUCCCCUUAACGCCAUUCCAGGCUAUAUUUCCUCCGAAUGCAGCGAUCCCCGGAAUAGGCUCCUCAACUACUGCCCCGCCUCAGACAGUUGGCCCAAGUUCAUCAGUAUCGGGAGAAUCCGCAAUCGCAACCCCGUUGCCUGACCUGUCGGAGGUAGGAAGCCUGGACAUGCAGGACCCCACCUUAGCGUUUGACUGGGGAUUCUGGAAUUUUGACCCCACAGAUCCUGGCUCCUAUUGA